GGACAUUACGGGCCAUCUUUCUGUUCAGAAGUGCGUGCUCAACUAUAUCAGACUAUGCCGGUGCAAGGGAUCAGAACGGUUACCGCAGCCAGGAAUGGCGUGGGCGCAUUUAUCUUGCAAUGCAAGCGCAUUGAUUUUCACUACUGCGACUGGGCGGGGAGUUCACGCGGCAUGGUCGCUUUCUUAAAACAUCACCUCCCUGCCUUCGCGAAAGCGAACCCUCAGAUUGAAAUCCGUGUUUCUCCGCGACCGAACAAGCAUCCCGUCAUUAAGGGGCAUUAUAUAAAUGGGCGAGAGAAGCCCAUUUGCGUCCGAAACCUUGAACCAGAGCAGAUCCUUCAGAAGACUAAUCUGCUCAAGCAGGCAAGUGGGGAGAAAUUGAAGAACACUAAGAAGCCGGUUUUGAGUAUCAACGAGAGUGUCAGAGGUAUUUGGUCUCCGUACCAUGGGGAUCUCAAGAUGGUAUAAUCUGGUUUUUUAUGUUGGGUUAGUGCUGGGUUGAUGAAGCCUAGGACUGAGAGCGAGUUUUUCAUUCAUUUACGGUUUGCUGUUAUGGGCUAUUCUUUGGUGUUUUCUUUCCCUAUAUUUUUAACGCAGAUGUUGUCACCAAAGCUUUUGUAUUAUAUGCCGUGCUAUAUUCCAGCAAUGUGGGAGUGCAAGGGGAUAGAUAUACUUUAAAAAUACAUAUGAUGCUCGCAAAUGCAAAAUAUAGAAGUUUCG